GAUGCGCUCGAGCUGCACUUGAAAGGUAGCUGAAGUCGUAAGCUGUUGUCGCUUCCUGAACAAGUCUUUUGGCUACCAAGUUAUCAUGUUUCGCUGUGCGUUUUUGAUUUUGUUCCUGGCUCUUGGAAAUGAACUCCAUCUAUCACAUGGGACUGAAGUGUCAGUCAACAACACGGAGAACAAAUUAUGCCUCUACGCCAAUUUGAUGGUCAACUUCUCAGUCACAUAUGAAGUUGGUGUAAAUAAGAAUGAAACUGUUCUUUUUGUACUGCCUGAAAAUGUGACAACCGAAGGGAGCACCUGUGAUAACACAACAUCGACAUUGAAACUCAGUUUUGGAGACGGGCACAGUUGGACAGUGGAAUUCGCUAUAAAGAACAAAACCUACCAAGUAGAUACCAUUGUCUUCUCCUACAAUCUCAAUGACUCAAGCGUCUUCCCCAACUCUACAUCAAACGAAACCAUGUCUGUGACAGGAAAGUCAAUUAUCACCAACGUGAGUGUGGACACCUACUACUCCUGCAAGAGUGAAGAUGUCCUGACAGUAGAGUCUGUCAUUCAGACACUGUAUGAUGUUGCUCUACAGGCGUUUGUGAUUAACGGCAGCAAAAGUGACAAAGACACCGUAUGCUCCGCUGACAUGACCUCCACCACUGUGGCGCCCACCACGACCGUUACCACCACAGCUGCCCCCACUUCUACCCCUACACUGCCCACGCCCACUACUGGAAAGUACAGCAUCACACCUGACGUCAACAGCACAGCCUGCCUGAUAGCCACCUUUGGCCUACGGAUCGGCUACAAGCAAGGAGACAAAGAGGAGACCAUCAACCUGGUGCCCAAUAUGACUGAAGUGGGCGGAGCCUGUAGGGCCAACAGCAGCGAUCUCAAAUUGACAUCGGAUACAAUCAACAUCACGUUCACGUUCAGCAAUGACGGCAAGAAGUUCCACCUGCACGCUCUGAACGUCACUGUGAUACCAGCCACGGGGGCCACCGUCGUUGCAGCCAAUACCAACAUGUCCAUUUGGGCGGCGGCAGUAGGCAGCUCCUACAUGUGCAACAAGGAGCAGACCUUAAAUGUCACCGACACGCUCACUCUCUACACGUUCGAGCUCCGCGUCCAGCCCUUCGAAGUCAACAAAGGCGAAUUCGCUACAGCCCAUGAAUGUUCACUGGAUGACACCAGCAUCUUAAUCCCAAUCAUUGUUGGUGCCGCCCUGGCCGGCUUGAUUCUCAUUGUAGUGAUUGCUUACGUGAUUGGUCGUAGGAAGACCUAUGUGGGAUAUCAGACCCUCUAAAAAGCAAUCUGUGAUCAUGAAUCUGUGAUAAUUAAUCAAGAACAUAGGUUGAUCCUUGUGUGGGGUGGCGGUCCCAAAGCCUGGCCCUGGAUGGCUAUCUCAGUGCAGUCUUUCAAUUGACGACUGACUUGUACAACUGGAAUAGUCAGACUAUCACCUCCUUACUUCAGCCACUCUUAAGAGCUGCUCUUAGACUUGAGCUUAGUCUAGCUUUGCUUAGGUGUAGACUUGAGCUUAGUCUAGCUUUGCUUAGGUGUAGACUUGAGCUUAGUCUAGCUUUGCUUAGGUGUAGACUUGAGCUUAGUCUAGCUUUGCUUAGGUGUAGACUUGAGCUUAGUCUAGCUUUGCUUAGGUGUAGACUUGAGCUUAGUCUAGCUUUGCUUAGGCUCAGGCAUGAGUAGCUUUAUUCAGGUAAACCUGAAGACUCAAUGCUCUCCAGGACCAGGUUCGACUAUCAUACUGUUGUUUGUGAUUUCUGUUUUGUCUGAUUUGCUUAAUAUUUUCAUUUUUUUUCUCCAUUGUAAAGGAGCAAGUGCAGGAUUAUUUGCCCUCUGUGUUAGCCAGUGCAAACCCUUUGGAACCAGUGAAGGCCUUUAUUUAUGGAAAAUUCUCAGUGAUUGCAUCUGACACAUCUGACAUGCCUUGUAUUACUUGCCGGAGGAUUCUCAUUCAGGAUAGGGGCGCUUUUUAUGAAGUAGCACAUUUCAUAGAAACACCAGUUUAAAGUCCUUGUGCUACAGUUUGCACAUUUUCACGAGGAGCUGUGACAAUUGGGGGCUGUGCCCUUUUCACUAUGAUUCAUGCACUUGCUCCCUACCUCCCUUUGGCAUUCCUUUUUUGUUUCUUUAUGUUCUUAUUGAAUUUGUGUACAUUUUAGUUCAGCCUUUCUUUUGUGUUUUUUUUUCAUCCUCACAAUUCAUCGUAGCAGCGCAACAUUUUGACUGACUUGAACAUUUCACAUUUGCCUCGCUGCUCAAUGAGACAUCAUUGAGUAGCUUUGUUGAUUUGGCUCAGGAACUCUACUAACUAACCAGGAUCAAGGUCUGCUGCUUUGUGCUCUUUCAGCUCGUUACUGAUCAUCCACUAGUCAGUCAGUAGUUUGAAUUUGGAAAUGUGACUUUUUGACUGUGUGGCCGCAACUCGGGUAAAAAGAAAAGGUGGUAUUACUGGCAUAUAGUUCCGUCUCUAAGUUGAUUUGACAAAACGAGGCAUCUGUCGUUUAUAUCCACGCACAGCAGUACUUGACAUAUGGUUGCCACCAAUGUCAGUCUGUCUUUGACUGACUGGCUCACAUUGUGUAGUGUGAAAUCUACCAAGUGUUUAAUUAACUUUGAAAAGUCCAUGCCUAGUUUAAGGAUGUAAAAGACAAACCUGAAAAGAAAGGUAACACAAAACCCCUCCUGUCAUUACAUGUUGGCAUUAGUUAAAAAAAAAAAAGGGAUAGCUGGUUAUUUGCUGUCAUUCAAACCUAUUCUUCGCAGAUGGUGAUUAUUAUUUUUCCUUUUUUCUUCAUUUAAAUGCACUAAAUUGUAAGUAAGUUUGGCAUAAAUUGAAAAUGUGUGCUGCAAUGUUACACCUGUGUAUAUUAUAGCCGUUGCUGCGGUGUUGCUCCUGAAAGCUGCCAGUUAGUAAGGGGGCACUUGUGAACAGGGCUGGGAUCUAUUCCAUUUCAAUUAAGAAAUUCUAAUUCCAAUUUGCCUCGCAACUUUUUCAUGAGGAAAAUUGGAAUUAUAAUUUCAGUUUAAUUCCUAAAUUGACUUAAAUGGAAUUGACUCUAACCCUGCCCAGUUGACUGCUUAAAGUUGCACCAAUCGAUAGAAUAGGAGAAAGGAUGAUUGUCCACAGGAUAUGCAGUACAUGUGUAUAUUGUUGUACUGUUAGAAGGACAGGUGAAAAUGUGUAGUUGCUGUGUAUUAUCGCUUUGUCGUAGUGAGGUGGUCUGCAUGAGACAUGGAGAAAUUUGAUUGCCGCCUUUAAUUUCCAUUGAUCAAUCAGUCAACCCCAAAACAUUUUUUAAGAUGCUGUAUAUGUGAAUGAUUUGCUUUUUUUUCCUUUUCAAAUAUAUUCUUAUUGAUUAUUGCUUUACAUUCCGGUGUGUUGUCUUGGAAAAUUGACUGCUUUUGUACAAAUUCUGUUUGUUACUUUGGUUUUAAAAUUGUAUUUUUUUCUUGA